AUGCUACCGCUCUCAGAGUUUGCCCCCCUACUAAGAGAGAUUGUUCCUGGCCCCCUCAUCACACCCUCUGCCCCAGGCUCCACUCCCGGUCCUUGCUUCCUCUGUGGUUCUGCCCCAGGCACACUGCACUGCUCUGCCUGUAAACAGGCCUUGUGCCCAGCUUGUGACCGCCUGUUCCAUGGGCACCCAUCCCGUGCCCAUCACGUCCGCCAGACAUGGGCCCCUCACACUGCCCACUUGACCCCUAGCUUACCUGCCUCAGCUCCACCACUGCCCCAGCUAACCUCCUUGCUGGCCCUCGGAGACAGCUCUCUUUCGUGCCCUGAUUCUGCAAGUGCCCGUCUAUCCUGGCACUGUGCCACCUGUUCCAUGCUAAACAAACCUUGGGCAGUGCUCUGUGAGGCCUGUGAUCGGCCCAGAGGCUGUAAGGGGUUGGGGCUGGAGAUCGAAGGUUCGCAAGGAGCUGGAGGCCUAGAACCUGAACUUGCACGGGGUCACUGGGCCUGCCAGAGCUGCACCUUUGAGAAUGAGGCGGCAGCUGUGCUGUGUGCCAUGUGUGAGCGACCUCGGCUGGCUCAGCCUCCCAGCUUGGUGGUGGAGUCUCAGGAUGGCGGCAUUUGCCUGCAGCCCCUUCAGCAGAGAGACGCUUUGCUUUCCUCUGCCCAGACUUCAAUCUGGUAUUGUACUCACUGCACCUUCUGCAAUUCGGGCCCUGGCUGGGUGUGUGCCAUGUGUCACCGGACCAGCAGCCCCAUCCCCGCAAAGCAUGCCUCCCAGCCCAUCGCCAGCUCUUUGGAAGAGCAACUCCCCACUCCAGAGCCUCUGCGACGCCUCAGCGCCCCUCUGCCCAGUUCCUGUGGGGACUCUGAGAAGCAGCGCCAAGACAAGAUGCGGGAGGAAGGUCGUCAGCUGGUGCUCAAGAUCCGGGAAGGAGAAGCCGCGGGCGCCGGUCCAGAGGAGAUCUUCUCAGCCCUGCAGUACUCCGGCACCGAGGUGCCCUUGCAGUGGCUGCGCUCAGAGCUGCCCUACGUGCUGGAGAUGGUGGCUGAACUGGCUGGACAGCAGGACCCUAGGCUAGGUGCCUUCUCCUGCCAGGAGGCCCAGAAAGCCUGGUUGGAUCGUCAUGGCAACCUCGACGAAGCUGUGGAAGAGUGUGUGAGAGUCCGGCGCAGGAAGGUGCAGGAGCUCCGAUCCCUGGGCUUUGGGCCUGAGGAGGGGUCUCUUCAGGCAUUGUUCCAACACGGGGGCGACGUGACACGGGCCCUGACUGAGCUACAGCGUCAACGCUUAGAGCCCUUCCAUCAGCGCCUCUGGGACAGUGGCCCGGAGCCCACCCCUUCAUGGGACAGUUCAGAUAAGCAGAGCCUGGUCAGACGACUUUUGGCAGUCUACACACUCCCUAGCUGGGGCCGCGCAGAGCUGGCGCUGUCGCUGCUGCAGGAGACACCCAGGAACUACGAAUUAGGGGAUGUGGUAGAAGCUGUGAGGCAGAGCCAGGAUCGGGCCUUUCUGCGCCGCUUGCUUGCCCAGGAAUGUGCAGUGUGUGGUUGGACCCUGCCCCGCAACCGGAUGCAGGCCCUGACUUCUUGUGAAUGCACCAUCUGUCCUGACUGCUUCCGCCAGCACUUCACCAUCGCCUUGAAGGAGAAGCAUAUCACUGACAUGGUGUGCCCUGCCUGUGGCCGCCCUGACCUUUCCGAUGACACACAGUUGCUCAGCUACUUCUCUACUCUUGACAUCCAGCUUCGAGAGAGCCUGGAGCCGGAUGCCUAUGCCCUGUUCCAUAAGAAGCUGACUGAGGCUGUGCUCAUGCGGGACCCCAAGUUCUUGUGGUGUGCCCAGUGCUCCUUUGGCUUCAUAUACGAGCGUGAGCAGCUGGAGGCAACCUGUCCCCAGUGUCGCCAGACCUUCUGUGUACGCUGUAAGCGCCAGUGGGAGGAGCAGCACCGGGGCCGGAGCUGUGAAGAUUUCCAGAGCUGGAAACGCAACAACGACCCAGAAUACCAGGCCCAGGGCCUGGCGAUGUACCUUCAGGAAAAUGGCAUUGACUGCCCCAAGUGCAAGUUCUCAUAUGCACUGGCCCGAGGAGGCUGCAUGCACUUUCACUGCACCCAGUGCCGCCAUCAGUUCUGCAGCGGAUGCUACAAUACCUUUUACGCCAAGAAUAAAUGUCCAGACCCUAACUGCAGAGUGAAAAAGUCCCUGCACGGACACCAUCCCCGAGACUGCCUCUUCUACCUGCGGGACUGGAGUGCUCUCCGGCUCCAGAAGCUGCUACAGGACAAUAAGGUCAUGUUCAACACAGAGCCCCCAGCGGGGGCCCGGGCGGUCCCUGGAGGUGGCUGCCGAGUGAUGGAGCAGAAGGAGGUUCCUAAUGGGCUCCGGGACGAAGCUUGUGGCAAGGAGACGCCAGCUGGCUAUGCGGGCCUCUGCCAGGCACACUACAAAGAGUAUCUUGUAAGCCUCAUCAAUGCCCACUCACUGGACCCAGCCACUCUGUAUGAGGUGGAGGAGCUGGAGACAGCUGUUGAGCGCUACCUGCACGUGCGCCCGCAGCCACUGGCUGGGGAGGACGCCCCUGCCUACCACGCCCGCUUGUUACAGAAGCUGAUGGAAGAGAUACCCUUGGGACAGAGUAUACCCCGCAGGAGGAAGUAG